AUGCCGCGUGGACCGGCGAACUACGCGCCGCUCACACCGCUGACUUUCCUCGAGAGGGCGGCGCGGGUCCAUCCCGACUCGCCGUCCGUGAUCUACGGCCGGCGGCGCUUCACGUGGGCGCAAACCUUCCUCCGCUGCUGCCAGCUCGCCGCGGCGCUGGAGCGCGCGUGCGCGCGGAGAUACGAGCGCGUGGCGGUGCUUGCGCCGAACGUGCCCGCGGCGUACGAGGCGCAGUUCGGCGUGCCGCUCGCGGGCGCCGUGCUCGUGUCCGUCAACGCGCGCCUCGAUGCCGCCUCCGUCGCGCGCAUUCUCGCGCACAGCGAUAGCAAGAUUCUUCUGGUGGACCAACACUUGGCGUCUCUCGCUCUCUCUGCACUCUCCCUACUCCCCACCACUGCCACUCCCGCCCACACAUCCCACGUGCGUCCAAAAAUCGUGCUAAUAGCGGAUGACGAGGUUCACUCGUCUGCUGACAUGGCGGAUCCGGGCGGCGAGCAGGCGGAUACAGAGGGGUUGGGAGCGGUGGGGGAGUAUGAGGAGUGGAUAGCAGCUGUGCCAUGCAUUGGGCCUGUGUCUGGUUCCCAACUUGCAACUGCCCUAGCAGCUGCUGCCACUGCUGGUGAUGGUGAUGCUGCUGCUGGUGGGGAUGCUUUUGGUGUUGAUCACUCAGGUAGUGCCAAUACUGCUUUUAGUACCGAUCCCUUUGUUUCACGCCCGCAUUUGCUCCCUCUCGUCGCUGACGUGGCAAAUUCCGACUGGUGGGCAUCCCACCAACCAUGGGAUGAGCAGGACCCAAUAGCCAUCAACUACACCUCAGGCACCACGUCAGCACAACCCAAGGGCGUGGUCUACUCCCACCGUGGCGCUUACCUAAACGCGCUAAGCGCCGCACUUAUGGUGCAGCUGCGCACGCACGCGGUGUUCCUGCUCUCUGUCCCGCUCUUCCACUGCAACGCGUGGUGCUUCAGCUGGUCGCUCCCUGCUGUCUCCGGCACAGGUGUGCUUAUAAGAAAUGUGAGUGCUCGCGCGAUUUUUGCGGCGGUGGCGGAGAGAGGGGUGGAGGUGAUGGUGGGGGUGCCGGUGAUGCUGAAUCUGAUGGUGAAUGCUGAUGAGGAGGAUAAGGCAUUGCUGGGAGCUAGGCGAGGAGGGAACGGAGAGGAACGAGGGGAGGUGCAGCAGAUAGGGUGGGGUAACGAUGAGCAACAGCAUGGGGUAACCAGCAGGAUAAGCAACAGGGUUACCAAGAGGGUUACGGUACUGACAGGAGGUGCCCCUCCCCCAGCAGCCAUUUUGGCUCAAAUGGAACAGCUAGGCUUCGACGUUAGCCAUUCGUAUGGAUUAACAGAGACCUAUGGCCCGGCUAUGUUCUGUGACUGGAAACCCCGCUGGGACUCCUUACCCUUGCCCGACCGCGCGAGAAUCAAAUCUCGGCAGGGCGUGCGGCACAUCGGGUUGCAGACUGCUACAGUGGUUGAUAAUAGGACGCUCCGGCCUGUGCCUAUGGACAGUGUGACUAUAGGCGAGGUGGUGUUUCGAGGGAAUACAGUUAUGCGGGGGUAUCUACAUGGGAGGGAGGAGACAGCUGCUGCGUUUGCGGGUGGGUGGUUCCACUCGGGAGAUCUGGCCGUGGUGCACCCAGAUGGUUAUGUGGAGAUUAAAGACCGUUCUAAGGAUAUAAUCAUCUCUGGAGGGGAGAAUAUAAGCAGUAUUGCUGUGGAGGGGGUGUUGUACCGGCAUUCUGCAGUGAUGGAAGCAGCAGUGGUGGCUAGACCUGAUGAUAAAUGGGGUGAAACACCUUGUGCCUUUGUGGGCCUCAAACCUGGUUACACGGUUACUGGUGGAGCUGCGACUGAUGGUGCAACUGAUGCUGCCAGUGCAGGGGGGGUUGAGAAGGUGGGAUCUGGACAGGUGGUAUCUGAGGAAGAUGUCAUUCUGUUUUGCCGAGAGCAUCUGCCACACUUUAUGGCACCCAAGAGCGUUGUUUUCGGCGCGCUGCCCAAGACUGCGACAGGCAAGAUCCAAAAGUUUUUGCUGCGGGAGAGAGCGAAGCAGCUAGGCUCGCUGCCUUGGCAGGGGCACAGGAGCAAGCUGUAA